AUGUCAACUGCCGUUCGUCGUCAAGCAGAACAAACUCUCGAGGCAGCGCCGCAGUUCAUCCCACCCAAGAUGCCGUAUGCGCUCAAACCUCAAACCAAGGUAGUCAAGCCUACUGCUGCAGCUAGUAAUGACGACGACGACGAUACAGUACCUAGUUUCAUUCCGCCCAGAAUGCCUUUUAAUGCAAAGGCUGUUCAGCAAAAGUCAACCAACGAACAGGCCAGCCCCCAAAGGCUCGCUUCAGUUGCCUCUCUCAACAACAAGAAAACAACUGCAAAGGACACAAAGAAUUCCAAAAACACUAAAAACACCAAUGCCCAAAAGCUUGCACAAGCUCAGGACAAUGACGAUGACAAACUGCCUACCUUCAUCCCACCUCGAUCACCUUUCCGAGGUCCCAAAAAGCCUCAGCCAACCCAAGCUGUCCCUAGAGACACAGUGCCCGAGUUCAUUCCUCCCCGAAACCCUUGGGCUCAGUCCAAAUUCAACACACGCUCAACAGACAGCGAUGGCCAGGGUGAUCCUGAAGAGACUACUACCCCUGAUUCUGACCAGGCGGCGUCUCGAAUCGACCUUCUAAAGCGUGAUGACGAAGAUGAAGGCGACGAGCACUUCUUAGAAGAAGAUGACGACGAGUUCAGCCCUUCGGACUUUCCCAACCUUGGUGGUCCUGAAGAUGACGAGAUUGUUGAUGCCUCGAAUCAAGAUUCCGAGGAUAUCCCCGCCGUCAACAUGUCAGAGCAGCAGGGAGAGCCUGAUGGUGGAAUCAACACCCAGGAUGAUGGGAACUCCAAGCACUACUUUGGUGGCGACUUUGAUGAUGAAGACACUGAAAACACUCCUACUCGUCUAGAAGCUCGGGGCGUCGCAAAGCGCAACAUGCUUUACUUUACGAACUGGGGUAUUUAUGAGAAGGAUAGUGUCGAGGGAUUCCAUCCCAAAGACCUCCCGGUGAAUGAGAUUACGCACGUACUUUACUCUUUUGCCAAUGUAAAUGCAAAAGAUGGAACAGUAGUAUCAUCGGAUCCUUGGGCAGAUGUUGAGAAGCAAUAUUCGGGCGACACUGGGGGUGGAAACAACGCAUAUGGAUGUGUGAAGCAACUGUACAUUCUCAAAAAACAGAACCGCAAUUUGAAGGUGCUGCUUUCGAUCGGUGGCUUCAAUGGAAGUCCUGCACUCGCCUCUGGCGUAAGUACACAGAAUGGCCGAAAGCGGUUCAUCUCCACUGCCGUCAAGCUCAUCACCGACUGGGGAUUUGAUGGAAUUGACAUUGACUGGGAAUACCCGGUCAACGCUCAAGAGGCCCGAAACUAUGUUCUGGUACUCAACAAUCUUCGGAAAGCUCUUGACAAAUACUCAGACGACAACAAGCUUAACUAUCGCUUCCUACUCACAGUCGCUUCACCCGCGGGCUCGAGCCACUAUAACACGAUGGACCUCAAAAACAUGGACCCCUGGGUUGAUGCCUGGCACCUCAUGGCUUACGACUAUGCUGGCCCAUGGGAUUCUACUACUGGUCACCAAGCCAACGUCUUCGCGUCCAAGAAGAACCCUCUCUCUACAAAGCUCAGCACUGAUGCGACUCUUAAUGACUAUAUCGCUGCUGGGGUGUCUCCUAACAAGAUUCAUCUGGGCAUGCCUCUCUAUGGCCGCUCCUUCUCUAACACAGCCGGUCUCGGCAAACCUUAUUCAGGCACUGCCGGCGACUCGGAAGGAAUCUACUUUCUCAAAGACCUGCCUCAACCCGGAGCAGUGACUACCUUCAAUGCAGAUCUUAUGGCCAGCUACACAUAUGAUAAGACGAAGCGAGAGCUUGUGACCAUGGAUGAUCUCAAGUCAGCUCAGUACAAGGCCAACUACAUCAACCAGCGCAAUCUUGGUGGAGCUUUCUAUUGGGAAGCCCGUGGUGACAGAGCUGGGCCUGCAAGUGUUGUUGCUGGUGUCAAACGUACCCUUGGCACGCUUGAGCAGAGAAACAAUCUUCUCAAAUACCCAACGAGCAUGUACGACAAUAUUCGGAACGGUAUGCGUUGA